UAACCACCUCUACUCCCCCUCAGCCAGCCCCGUCCUCUCCCACCUCAGUAGCCCCGUCCUACUCCCCCUCAGUAGCCCCGUCCUACUCCCCCUCAGUAGCCCCGUCCUCCUCCCACCUCAGUAGCCCCUUCCUACUCCCACCUCAUUGCCCCUACUACUCCCCCUCAGUUGCCCCUACUACUCCCCCCUCAGUAGCCCCGUCCUACUCCCCCUCAGUAGCCCCGUUCUACUCCCCCUCAGUAGCCCCGUCCUAUUCCACCUCAGUAGCCCUCUCCUACUCCCCCUCAGUUGCCCCUACUACUCCCCCCUCGGUAGCCCCGUCCUACUCCCCCUCAGUAGCCCCGUCCUACUCCACCUCAGUAGCCCCGUCCUACUCCCACUCAGUAGCCCCGUCCUACUCCCCCUCAGUAGCCCCGUCCUACUCCCACUCAGUAGCCCCGUCCUACUCCCACCUCAUUGGCCCCGUCCUACUCCCCCUCAGUAGCCCCCUCCUACUCCCCCUCAGUAGCCCCGUCCUACUCCCACCUCAUUGGCCCCGUCCUCCGCCCACCUCAGUAGCCCCCUCCUAA